AGCUGCUUCACAAACAACGCGAAAACUGUCCAACCGAAUGAGUUGAAAGCUGGAGUGACUGUUCGAAAUGAACAAUGUGAGCGUGCUCCCUGUUCAGUUGUGAAAAUUCAGGUACAUCCAGCAUCUACUGGUGGGGUAGUGGCAAUACGCUCGCCUCGCAUGUCAGCUGUCCGGAGUUCAACCCCCGGCACGGCCAUUGGGUAUGCACUGUCGAUGAACUCUAAUGAGAGCUCGAGUCCAGUGCUUCCCCCCUUUCAAUGUGGACCUACCAGGAUGACUGUUCGGACGAGAGUAGUCCAGUUUAUUGGCGAUGCAACGUACACUCCCCGUUGUAAUAUGGGCACACGAAUGUCCACCGAUCUGGUCCUCGUACGACCCACACAGUCGGCAGACUACCAACAAACUGUCGGAGAGAAAAAGGCUCACGGAAGGAAACACGAUAGCUAUAUUCCAACAAAGUGGUUGCGAGAGCGCGAGUGCGAAAAGUACAACGGUCUCAAACUUUUUAUUGGAAGGACGCUGUCUGAACUUGGUCCAAUGCAGACGCACGCGUACGAGGCAGCGACGUGUUGCAUAUUGCGGGGGCGUUGUCUGACCUUAAUCAGUGUUGACUCGCGCUGUCUGGGUUUGAUGCAAGGCCGUGACGCGCUGCAUAUUGAGGGGGUGUUGUCUGUCUGGUCAACACCUAGCGGAGCUGAGAGUCUCCGUAGAUUCCGGGCAUUCGGUGGUUGCUUUCAGGAAGCUGACCUUCCUGAUAAUUAG